ACAGGAAGGCCUGGCGCCUACAGCACCGCAGGAAGGAGGGCCCCCCGGCUGAGCGUGGGCGCGUGGGCGGGUGAGCGUGGGGCCCAGGGCGACGUCACGUCCCGCCCCUGCCUGUCAGGGGGGCGGCCCCGCCUCUCUGCCCUCUUCCCGGCCCCGCCCCGCCCGCCCCCAGAGUGUGAGCGCCGCUAGCCUCCAGCCCACACCGGCCUCAGGAACACAGGGGAGGCCAUGGAGACUUCAGGAUCACUUCAGGACCACAGUCGAGUCCACGGAGAAUCAGAAGAUCUAGACCAUGGAGAGACGGAUUUCCACAAGCAAGACGAGGAGGCUGAGCUCUAUUCUCAAGACCAAGAUGAGAGCGGCAAGUCUUCCUCCUCUUCAUCCUCCUCCUCAGGUGCUGAGCAUGGGGAGCCUGACGUUUUGAAGAAUGAGCUUCAACUCUAUGAAGGUGCCCCCGGGGAGGUGGUGCCAUCUGAGGAAUCAGGACUCCGAAGGAGAGGCUCUAAUCCAGAGAGUGGAGAAGUGGAUCCCUCUCAGUUAAGAAGACUAAAUAUAAAGAAGGAUGAUGAGUUUUUCCAUUUCAUCCUCCUCUGCUUUGCCGUUGGGGCCUUGCUGGUGUGUUAUCACUAUUAUAAAGACUGGUUCAUGUCCCUUGGGGUUGGGCUGCUCACCUUCGCCUCCUUGGAGACCGUUGGCAUCUACUUUGGCCUGGUGUACCGGAUCCACAGCGUCCUGCAUGGCUUCAUUCCCCUCUUUCAGAGGUUUAGGCUGAUAGGUGUUUUCCCUAAGGACAUCCUUCCAUAUUUCACCUCAUCCUGUGCUAGCUUCUCAGAGGGCCCAGACUAAUGGGAUGAGACUAGAGGGGUGAUAGGAGCAGAGAAGAAGGGUAAAUUUGGAGACAUGAAGGUCUAAUCCACUGUAUGGCUGGAAGUGUGCGCCCUCCGCAGCCCCCUGGCCUUUCCCCAUGGCUGGUGUUCUCAACAUGCAGCACGGCAGUCCUCUAUGUCCAUAUUGGUCUUCUCAACUAGGCUCUGAGUUUGUUCGAUAAAUAAAUGAAUGAAUGAUUAAGCAAAUGAAUGAAUGAAUGAAGUGAAGGGAAAAAAGGAGUCUAGGAUGAUCCGGAGCUCCAGUUGGGGUCACUUGGUUGUAGCCAGUAUUUGGUAUUUGCCCGGUGUUUUUUCUGCCACUGCAAUUUUCCUUUGAAGACUAAACCUCUUUUGUGCAUCAGAGACUAUCAAGAGUGAAAAGACAACCCGUAGGACAGAAAGUUAUUGCAAGUCAUCUGAUAAGGGUUUAACAUCCAGACUAUAUAUAUA